CUACAAUCCAGAGAGCUAAUCUGGGCAAAAUGGUGGUUCCUCCCCACCUUCCUCUCUCCCACGUCACUGUAUAGUUACACCAGAAAGGAAAUGUGUCAUCCUUGUGGUUUUUUGUUCUCUAAAUGGAGAACUAAACAUCAUGUUGCAGAUGCACACAUUCACUUGCAAUGCACACCAAAAAAAAAGUCUUUUCCAGCUUCCAGAGUUUGCCGCUGUGGCCACGGCAAAAAUAUCGAUCGCAGGGCUAUUAAGAGUAUCAGAGAACCCCGCACCCUGUUUCUCUGCCGGCCAGGUGACAUCAACCAAAUAUGAAACCGAUGGCCAAGUUCCACGUAUAUUUGGCCUUCCUCUGUGGGACCAUCCUACCACGUUGUUUACAAACAGGAGUGGCCGCUAUGGAGAAUCCUUCAACAACAAGUCCUCCUGUUGACAUUACUCAAGCUCCAACAAGUCCAAGCCAAACGGACCCAAGUACGACAGUGAUUCCACAGGAUCUUCUUACUACGCUGCCUUCUCAGGAAACAACGAUGUAUACCACAAAGGUGACCACCUUCGUGCCUCCAUCCUCAGUCCAGACAACCGUGUUGCCAACGCAGACAACGACCACUCAGUCACCAUCCCCAGAGACAUCAACAUCUCCACCACUGGCCUCAACGCUUCCACCAGACGUGCCAAGUCAAGAAUCUGUGACUCUGAGUGAGAACCCAACCAAAGCUGAACUCUGCGAGGAAAAUAAUAAACGAUUAAUGCUGAUAUGCCUCAUUGUAAUCGGACUACUUGUUUUCUUUUGUGUGUGCCUUCUCUUAGUCGUUGUCGUCAUGGCCAGCAAACUGUCCCACGUCAAGAGAAGCCAGGCAAGCAGACGCCUUCCCAGGAACAACGGAGAUUUUCUCACUGCCAGUAGUUUGUGGCCCGUUGGGUUAGAGACGCUGCAGAGGAUGAAUACAGAGAUGCCGGAAACAAGUCCUGGGCAGGAGAGGACAACAUCAGGACCAGGGAAAGUGGGAGAAGAAGCCAGCAGGAAGCUCGCGAGUGAAAUAUCCAUCAGGCAGAAGAACAAGGAGAUGUCACCAAAGGAGACGUCAGAAAAGGCACGCAACAGCUCCAUAAGCAAGACUGAGAUUUAAGGAGAUUUAAGUAGGAGGCCACUCACUGGUGGAGAGGCAGAGAGCUCUGUUGGAUUAUGGUUGCAUGUGUAUGAAAUGUAAAUCAAGUGUGUUUCUGCUGUUUUGCAGGAGUGUGUGUUUCAGUAAUGAAACAGUUAACAGCAGGCUAGUUUUGACUGACAGCCUGUUGUGAUUGCUAUGACCUAUCAGGCAUGGUUUCCGGCUUGGAGGUCGGACUGAGGAAUGUGUUUUCUUAUCUCUCUGUGUGUUGAGCUGGUGCUUGCCGGAGCGAAGAGGCUGAAGAGAAAUGCCAGCUCAGAGCGAUGGCUUUUGCUGUGCUUUGUAAAUAUGUAUUAUAGAUAUAGAUAUUGAAAUAAAUGUUUGGACUUCA